CAUUGUCUUGCGUUUGGAGCUCAUUUAAUGGCUGCGUUUCACAAAUCGAACAUCUGCUGGUGCAACUUCCAGCCAAAUCCCUACAAGGAGAUACGUCAGAAGAUACUAAAUUAUUGUGCGUUAAAGAGCAAAAAUGCUUUGAAUCUACCUAAAUUUCAGAGCUCCCAAGACAUAUUGCUUAACAAAGGACCAAAGGUGCCAAGACUCAGCGAUAACGAAAUCUACGAAAUUUGCUGUAAUAGCAAGAAAAGAAAUUCAAGUUUUAGGAAGGAAGAAGAUCGUGUCAGGAUAGGAAACGAAUACUUUUCGUCUGAAAUGGAAGCCCAAAGAAAUUAUGCACCGGAAAAUCUAAAGAACAGGAGAAACUCUGCUGAGCUGGGAAGUCAACCCAUGAUUCCUGGGCAAAGAAUUCAACCUUAUGCAAUAGCUAAGAAACCAUGGGUUUCGGAAAAUCCCAAGAUUCUCCUUACCCGACCCUUCCUUCAUUUGAGCUUAUCUGACAGCACAUCCAUUAAGUAUGCCACACCAACAUUGCUAACCCAACGAGCCAAAAGGCGCGAGGAGCAUCGAAAGCUUAAGGAAAACGUCCAAGCUCGGGACUCCAAAAAGCAUGACUCUAUUAAACAAAAUCGGACUAAUAAAUGGAAGGGUGUGGACAAAUAUCAGCAUCAAUCUGACUUAAACAAAACAUCUCGCCGGGCUCUUCAAUUGGAAAAGACGGGAGAUAAUCAUUAUCGUAGAGCCUUUGAACAUCAGACAGUUGAAUCAGCCCGCGAAAUGAAGAAGACGAAUUCAAUUUCUGAAAAUUCAGAGCAAGCCCUGCUCAAGCAAUUGUCCACAGAAAGGGUAUCCAAGAGCAGUUUAAGGAGAACAAGCCAACUGGACACAUCCUUGGGUAUUUACCGGAAGGUUAAGUUGGGCAUCAAUAAACGCAAAGGUGUGGACACAUUUCAGCAACAAUCUGAUUUAAAUGAAACUCAAAAUGCUCGUCGGGCCCUUCGAUUGAAAAGGACUAGAGAUAAGCAUUAUCGUAACGCCUUGGAACCCCCGAAACUUGAAGCAACUGGCGAAAAGAAGAAGCCGAAGUCAUUUUCUGAAAAUUCAGAGCAAGUCCUGUUUAAGCAAUUUUCCACCGAAAAGGUAACCAAGAGCAAUCUAAGGAGAACAAGCAAUCUGGACACAUCCUUGGGCAUUUAUCGAAAGGUUAAGCUCGGCAAUGAAACUCAAAUGAGUUCAAAACCUUACAGCCCUAUGUUUGGGAAGAUAAAUGGUGAGCUGUCUAAAAAAUUUACGACUCUGAGGAGCACACACGAGCUGAAAGUUCCUGAAGAGCGCCCAAAUAAACGUACUUCAGACCGGAGUGAAACUUCAGCUCCGUACUCAGAAACCUUUGAUAAAAUGCUAAAGGGUAACUCUAACAAAAUUUCAGAGUUUCAUCCAAUCCUAAGAUCAUCUAAUCGCCUUCAUCUUUCAUCAACAAUGGAAAGUAAGAAAGUGAGAAAAAAUCGAAAAAGCAAAACUGCCAUUGUGGGAGCCAAAUUUUCGUGGGCAUCCAAGAAUAAGGUAAAGGGAAGGCUGAGAACCGAAACAAAGACCUUUGAUGAACUGAUUAGUGACAGAGAUAUGAAGAUGCCCGGACGUCUUCCUCUUCUGAGGAGCAGGACUUUAUUGAGUUCCACGAUAAGCAUAAAGGAAACAAAAGGACUUAGGAAGUCCAAGCCAAGUAGAAAUCUAGAGCCCAGUUCUGGCUUUCGUGCUUCCGAAACUUACAGAAGUUAUUCAAAACCGUUUCGAACAAUGCUAAGGGGCAAGGAAAGGAUUACACCGGAGCUAAACCGGGCUUUGACUAGCCAAUUUCAAAUAAAGCAUGACGGGAUAACCACUAGUUCGACCUGGAUGGACCAGGACCCCAUAAUGUCUUCGCCACCUUUUGAUGAACCGGAAAUUUUGCAGACAUCCAAUAAAGUAUUAAUAACGAAGAAGCCCCACGAUAUGCGGCCCUCUCACGAAAUAUCUAUUAUAAAAAAGCCUGAAAUUUGGCAAACUUUUAGGGAACAUUCUGGGGUCAGGGAAAAUGAAGUUUCCCAAGAUUCUGUUACAGUUCCGUUGGCUCCGAAACUCAAAAAAAGAAUUAGUAUGUCCCAGCUUAAGAACUUAUACCAAUCUAGUACAUCAAGUGAGUUCUCAUUAGGUUUUCGAUCUUCAAAGCAUCGCGUGUCCCCUGGCAGGAAGAUUAGACUAAAAAAAUUUAAUUACUAUAUACAAAAUUCCAUGCCAGAUCGCAAAAUAUUAGCCCAGAUGAACUCGAAGUGUCCCAUUUCCUACUUGAAAAGCGAGAGAAGCACUUUCUAUGGCAGAACACCGAGUCAGACUUCCUCGGAUAGGUACCAACAAUCUGUAGGAUCGAUAGUCAGGACUACGGGCAUUGCCCAAUCCUUGAUACCUAAACAGAAGAAAGAGGAGCAUGAGGACGAUGCCUUGGAUGCGGACGAAUACUUGUUCGAGUCUUUCCCAGAUGACUACGAUCCGGUUGAUGGCAUAAAAAAAACAAUGAACGACAUCAUAGCCAGUGUGGCAAAUGAAGAGAGAGUUACCGAGAAAAUUGCCGAGAAACCCUAUAAGAAAUCCCAAUCGAAGCGGGGUAAGCACAAGGCUAAGACGCAUUAUCAAGCCCCGGGAGCAUUUGACGAUCGCCAGAGCAUCCUAUCGCUGAGGAGGACGAGCCAAGAGGUCAAGACCCGUGAGAGUCAGGCUCUAAGGGAUGUGCGUAUGCGGGAACAGGUGCGAGAGACUUUUUAUGCCAACGAAAGGGCCUCUGUGCAAGCACGGAUUAAAAAGCUAAUGCAGGAGGUUGCCAUACGCGAGGACUUUCGACCCAAAAGGAAACCACGGGAUUUUGUGACUGAAAAUAUCGUCAGGCUAAGAAAUAUCCAACCGACUAAAGAAUCUAACGCGUUGGAGAAGGGUAAGCCGCAAAGGAAGUACCCCUCUUUGAUUAGGAUAUUAGCACCCCACGAAAACCCCGUAAAUCUGUCAAGGGUUCCCAAGACUCCGGAGCUUAAUAUGUCGAAACCCAUAAGAAUACGUCUAUACUCCGACAAAAUCUGGAGGGACCAGAUGGCUACUUAUCAAUCAGGAAUUAAGAAACCCUCUCCAGAUGCUAAAGUUUGUCGCUUAAGUGAAAGGAAAAAAUGUGAUUGCUACCUAUGCAAAUUGCUUUUAAAGGGCAAACAUCAGCGAGAACCACACUUUAUAAAGAAAGCAAAGGUCCAAAGGCGUCGAUUAGAACUUCGUUCAUAUUACCUUGAAUUACGAAAAAGGGAACGCGAACGAGAGAUUUGUUGCCCUUAGAUAUUAUGA